CCACCCUCGUCAAUUGUAUCGGGUUGGUUUCCCGCCCAAUUCUGGUUUCCCUGGUUUCAGUCGAGAAUCGUCAGCACAAUGGCCUUCAAACCACCCACUUUAUCAAAAAAUAACCUUAGCCCGGAAUGGUCCACAAGUCUAACAACCGACUCUUCUCCCAACCAUUUAGUCGCCAUUUCUAACAACUCCCAGUGCUCCAUUGAGAAGAUAUUGAGCCUUAAACCCAACGACGCAGACGUCGAGAAAGUGGUCAAAGAAGAGCAUGACGACAAUGACGACGACGACUUAUUUCCCACUUACAGUCAAGAAGAGCAAAUCAGAAAGGAAAAGCUGCCAGAGACGGGGAUGACAGCCUUAGAAAUGCCCUCAAAGUUGAGUGAGCAAGAGGUUCGAUAUGUAGAUGCUCUGCCCUCGAAGGAGUCCAUCCUUCCUUCAGAUGGAAAAAGCUUGGAAAAUUUGGUCUCUUUGGAUUAUUCGUUCAGUGAUUUUGCUGCUUCAUGCGGUCUCAAGACGGCGAUUGAAGCCACUAUUCAAGACGAUAGCAUUCAUGGAGGUUCGCAAUCAUUCUUCGAUGAAGUUGACCCUCAAAGCUUUUCGGAGAAAGAGCUCUCGUUGAAAGUCAAUCUGGACGUCGCCCCACAACUCCUUUCGUCCUCGUUCCAAUUAGCCAAGAAAAGCAGUCUGAGUGAGGCGACAAUCAGCUCGGAGAAGAUUAAAGGAUCUAAUCCAUCCAUGACCUCGAGUACUCAAAGUAUGGCCCAAUGUCAGACAUCUACACGGAAGCGUGGCCCCAAAUCCAAAGGAGAUCAUCAAGGCCAACGAAAAAGAACGAAAAAGACAGGCUUAUCAUCCGACAAUCUCCAAACAGAAAAGAAUCAAAUCAAAACAAGCAAUACCAGGACUACUAAGAAAUCGUCUCAAGCAAAUAUGAACAAUGUCGGUAGGUCUGUGGGUCGAAAAAGCCACAGAUUAAUGGAGAAAAGGGAGCAAAAGGAUAAGAAAACAGAGGAACUUAGUAAACGGAACAUUAAAAAUGAACCAGGAACCCAGGUUGUUCCAUCUUAUACCGGAGAGGGUCUGAAGUUUCGUCUUUUCAAGAUCAAGAAACUACGGAGCGCUGGAACUUGGGUGGAGUGUUGUAACACAACGUGUCAAAAGUGGCGGUUUUUACCAAAUGUUAAAGAUCCAGCACUUAUUCCCGAAGUUUGGACUUGCGAUAUGAAUCCUGAUGAUCAUCACAACAAAUGUAACAUUCCGGAGGAAGAACAUAAAAAAGGCAGCCAUGUGUACGUUGAGGCCAACUACACCAUCGGCUCUAUGGUUUGGGCCAAGCUUCAAGGAUUCCCUUGGUGGCCAGCCUUCGUUGACGAUGAUCCGGACACUGAGCGGUUCUUUUGGACUGAUGGAGAGGACUCGGCUGUUGUAACUAGGUACCACGUGGUUUUUUUUAACCGACUGGAUUCAUCAGUAACCAGGGCCUGGAUCAAGGUAGAAAAUGUCCUGAAGUUUGGAGGAAGUGAUGACAUUGAAACCAUUUCGAAAUUGAACAAAUCCCUAAUGCUCAAUCCAAGUCAGUCUGCUUUAUUAAGAGCCAGAUGGAACAACGCGUUGGAUUUGGCAAUGAUCGCAAGCAAAUUAACUUUGAACAAACGCCGAGAUAAGUAUUGCUUUAUGAGCCGAUUUAAAGGCAGUUGGAGCCUACCGUGGGAACUUCGUCAUGAGGCCCGUGUGAAAGAAGAGAGUUUACCUCUUGAGGAGUAAAGGAUUCACAAUUCCUCACUGACCGAUAACUCUUGCCUACUUCUUUAUGCUCAAAUUUCCGAAUUCCGAAAAAAUUCUUGGUGAAAAGUCGAAUCUUGUGUGGAAAUCAAUCUAGUAUGUGUAUUAAACUAAAGCCCUUCGA